UUCCCUAUAAAUACAUACCUCGCUCACCAUUAUCCUCACUCCAAUAUCAAUUUUGAUCAAACUUAUUAAAGUGAAAUAUACGUGUAAGAAAAAAUGUCAGGAAUAGUGCACAAGAUAGAGGAGAAACUCCACAUGGGAGACCACAAGGAUUCAGAAAAGAAGGGCGAGGAGCACAAGGAGAAGAUGAAGGAGAAGGGCGAAGGACACAGGGAGAAGAUCAAGGAGAAGCUCCAUGGAGAAGAUCACAAGGACGGGGAGGAGAAGAAAAAGAAGAACAAGGACAAGAAAGACAAGAAGGAGAAGAAGCAUGACGAUGAUAGCAGCAGCAGCAGCAGUGGUAGCGACAGUGAUUAGAUUCGAUCUGAUCCUCCCACAUUUUCCUCUACUCCUGGUAAAGGGAAUUGUGAUAAGUAUUUCUGAGAUUUGAGCUAGAGGUACCAAUGGCAUUAGUUGCAGAGGAAAAAGAAAAUAGGAGAAAAUAAACAAAAAUAAAAGAUGACCAUGCGAUCUGUAUUGGGUCUAAUGUAUCCUAAUUUGCGACAGUUCGUGAAUGUACUUUCGUGAGCUAAUAAAAAUGAAGUUUUUGAUGAGUUU